AUGGACCUCAACGCGAGCGCGGCGCCGAGGACCGCCAACCGUCCUCACUCCUCAGCGUACAUGCGCGCCUCGCUACAAUCGCCGCGUGCGCUCGUCCGCGCGCGCGUCGCGUCACGAAUACCGUCCAGAGCCUCACGCGUCGACCGCGCGAUCCAAUCGCGAGCUACGAGAGACGACGUCAACGACGACGAAGGAUUCUUCGUUCCGAAACGGCGUGAACGAAAAAGGUGGUCGACGGCCGAAAACGUCGACGCGGGCGACGCGAGCGCGGCGGCGAGGUCCACGACGUCCGACGCAACGACAUCGUCGACGUCGACGUCGUACGAGCGCGCGUAUGCGAGCGAAGAGGUUCUCAAAGAAGCCCGCGUCCAGCAGAGACGGAACGAGCGGGACGCGUACGUCGAGCGCGAGCGCGCGCGACGGGAGCGACGAGAGAAGUGUGAAUUAGUGAUCAUCGUAGAGGGCGGAGCGGACGUUCGUGCGGUGCGAUCUAGGGGUGGGUUCACGAGGGAACGAGCGAAGGUUCUGGCUAUUAGACAUCGAGGCGCGUUUCGGCGACGACCGAACGCGGACUGGGAGGUUCGCGACGAACGCAUGGAUGAGAUCGCGCGCUUGCGCGAAAAAUACGACGCACCGAUCGUCGUUCUGUUCGAUUGCGAUGCGGCGGGGCGGCAGCUCAGAAACGCGUUUCUAAAACGGUUCCCGGAGGCGUCGCACGCCUUUUUGGGCGCGCACGAGAGCUCGGCAAAGGAGGAUACGAAGUGGCACGCCGUGGGCAACGUCGGCGUCGAGCACGGUGAGGGCGAGGACAUCGCGCGCGCCAUAGCGAACGCGAGAAGAGCGGACCCGACGCGAUCGGUGUUCACGCGAGCGAAUUUACUUGAGUGGGGACUCGUGGCGGAUGACGCGCGAGCGGAUGAAACCUGGGCCGAGUUCGGAGGCGUUCGCGAGCGACGAAGAUUAGUGGGCGAGUACCUGGGCGUGGGCGAAUGCGACGGUCGACAGUUGAUUCGACAGCUGAAUCUCUUUUUCACCGAGGACGAGGUGCGCGACGCGAUGGAGGCGUUACCGAAACGCGGCGAACCGGUGCCGCGCAAGAUGACGGACGGGCGCGCCGACGCGACGCGUCGUCAAGGCGACGACGACGCCGACUCGAGCGAGGACGAGUUCGAUAUCGACUCCCUUGGCUUCGAUCCCAUGGCGUACAUCCCGCCCGGUCGAGCACCGCCCGGAUUCGAGUAG